GCAAUAAAAAUCAUUAUUUUCAAAAUUUAUUAAAGCGCAGUGCAAUUAUUGAACGGCAGAUCAGACACUCGGUGUGCGUCCGCCUCAAUAGGAAGAGAGAGAGGGCGGGAGAGAGAGGGCGCCCAUUGGACAGGCUCGCAUUCCAGCCCACGUGCCGACAACCUCAGAGCUCCAUAUAUUCCCGCUACUCAUGAGCUCCAAAUGUAGAGCAGAGCUACAAACACCAGCAUUCCUCCAUUGCCUCUCUUUCUACCACCUUUUGAUCCCCCACCAGCCUUUACCUCUAGCAAAUGGAAGAGCUAACCUCGCCCUCUUCCUCCUGCUCGCCGCUCUCGAUGCUUCAGUACCGCCUCCAGUGCCUCCUCAAUUCCCGACCCGAGUGGUGGACCUAUGUCAUUUUCUGGCGAGCUUGGCCUGACCAACAGAUGCUCGCCUUCGGCGAUGGACAUUUCCGCGGUAAACGCAGCGCAUGCGAUGGGGAACUCGACUCCUGCGGUGACGGCGAUGACACAGAGUGGUUCUACGUGGUGUCCCUCACGAGGUCGUUUAGCGCUGGCCAUGCGCGUGCUCCAGCGCCAGCACGUGCUUACGCAACGCAGGCCCCCAUCUGGCUUGCUGGCGCCCCUGCGCUUCAAAGCUUCGGGUGCGACCGAUCUUUCGAAGCCCAGCUCCACGGCAUCGAGACUCUCGUCUGCUUUCCCAUAAGCUCCUGCGGGGUCCUCGAGCUGGGAUCCUCCGACUUCGUUGAGGAGAACUGGAUGCUUCUCCAGCAGAUCAAUGCUUUCCUUUCUUCCCCUGAAGAAGAAGGCGUUGUUCCGCCCCCUGCUUCAAGACACCCGCAGCGCAAAAAUGCGGCAUUUUCCUCUUCUGUUGACUCAGAGCAUUCGCAAUCAGAGGACGAGCAUUUGUUGGGCCGGCGGCGGGCGAAGAAGCGUGGAAGGAAGAAUGGGGGUGGGAGGGAGAACGCCGUGAAUCACGUGGAGGCGGAGCGGCAGCGGAGGGAGAAGCUCAACCAUCGUUUCUAUGCCCUGCGUUCGGUUGUCCCCAACGUGUCGAGAAUGGAUAAAGCCUCUCUGCUCGCCGACGCUGUUUCGUAUAUAAAAGAGCUCCGCGCCAAGGUAGAGGAAUUGGAGGCCGAAGUGAAGAGGAGCAGGAUGAAUGAGGAUGGUAGUGGGGCACCAAGCUGCACCACGACUACCGUUAGCGCCGGGAUGGGAAACAUGGAGGUGGAGGUCAAGAUUUUGGGCUUCGACGCCAUUAUCAAGGUCCAUUCGGAGAAUAUGAGCCACCCGCCGGCGAAGCUGAUGGCUGCGCUGCGGAGCCUCGACGUUGAGGUCAGCCGCGCCUCUGUUUCAAGGUUUAAGGAGGUGGUGAUUCAGGAUGUAGUUGUCCGCGUGCCCGGCGCAUUACAAGGCGAUGACUUGCUUAGAUCCGCUCUACUUGCACGUCUCGAGAAGGACUGAAAGAUUUUUCCAUUUCCAUGUCUCUACUUUGCUUCCCGGCUACCAAUUAACGCACGCUUUGCAUUCUUUUGGUGUUCUAGCUUUUGUACAGAGGACAACGUGAAAGAAAGUCAGGCCGUCGGUGGUAAUAAGUGCAGGCUUUUCCACGUGGAAAUGCAAAGGAAAGUUCUUCAUUCCUUUUUUUUACUUUAAUAAUUUUUUUGUAAGUUUUUUUUUUUUAAUGGGCUCUUAAUUGCAGCUCCUUUUUCUUGUUGAUUAAAGUGCAUUAGCAA